AUAAUCUCGUUGACUUAGAAUAUGCGGACGAUAUAGUCCUUCUAGGCGAGGACUCUGACAAAAUGCAGAGUCUACUGAACACCCUGAGCAACAAUCUCCGUAUGUUUGGCAUGCGAUUCGCCCCUGUAAAAUGUAAGAUGAUGCUGCAGGAUUGGACUUCAUCGACCCCUAGAUUAGAAAUAGGAAGUGAAGUGGUAGAACACGUUGACCGCUUCAAUUACUUGGGAAGUACCAUCAGCCCCAACGGGUUGAUCUCAGACGAAAUUUCAGCACGAAUACAGAGGGCUAGGUUCGCAUACGCCAGUUUUCGCCGUCUCUGGCGUAGACGCGAUAUCCGACUAUCGACCAAAGGGCGUGUGUACUGCUCAACAGUCCGCUCCGUCCUCCUUUAUGGCUGUGAGACCUGGCCAUUGAGAGCAGAAGACAUGAAAAGAUUAGCUGUCUUCGAUCAUAGGUGUCUGCGUUCUAUCUCCCGCGCGAAGUGGUAUAAUAAGGUGAGCAAUAUUGAGGUUAGGCGUCGAGUGCUAGGUAAGGCGGGGAAAUCAAUCGACGAAACGGUGAAAUUACUUCGACUGAGAUGGUUAGGACAUGUGCUACGUAUGCCUAGUCAUCGCCUUCCUCGACGGGCAAUGUUAGCUGAUAUAGGGCCAGGCUGGAAAAGAGCUAGCGGCGGUCAAACGAAAACAUGGCACCAAUCAAUGAAAUCUACAACAGUUAAUCUAAGCCACGUAGGAAGAUGUAGACUUCCUGGUUGGGGUCCUCGGGACGGUAAAAACCAAUGGUUGGAAACAAUUGGUGACAUGGCUCAAAAUCGUUCUCAGUGAUGGCGCAGAUGCAUCCACUCCUUGUGACUUAUGAUUUCCAAUUAAACUGUUUUGUUCUCCGUUAUUACUAUUCCUUUGUCUCACACCUCUGUUUACUGUCUAUAUUAUGCAUUUCUUCUACUUCCUUCUCUUGCUUUGCG